AUGGCUCUCAACACGCCGCAAAAAAUUCAAGACGCUUUGCACCGAUCAUCAGACUUUGUCGUAAACGAGGAGGAAAUGAAAAACUUGGACGAGCAGUACGAAGCAACGAAAGCAGCAAUCCGAAGCUCAAUUUUGCCGCGCCCCGCGAAGAAGGGCAACCCAUCGAACAACACAACAACGCAGAGCUCGGAUGAACCUAGAAGCAGAGGUGCCCAUAACUACCGGGUAGGCACCGGACGCGGAAGAGGAGAGCCGCGAAACAACACUUGGGUGAGAAAGUCCGCCAACUACGACGAGAAGGCUUUCUGCGAGUAUCACCAGACCUACGGGCACUCAACGGCUCAAUCCCAAACUUUAGGAGCAAAGCUUGCAGCUAAGAUGGCAGCGGGAGAGCUCCAAAAUGCGGUCAACCUCAAAAACCUCGUCCCUAACGAACAACAAGAAAGAGCUGAGCCGAGCAGCGCAGCAGAACCCGCGAAUCCUCCCCGACGAGGCGAUAACUCCAAGCGCGAUAGGAGAGCCUAUCAACGCCGAGCCGAAGCAAAGGAGAAUUGGACAGAACUAACCGACAUUCCAAACACAGUGAUCUCCUUCGCCGAGGAGGAAACAGCAGGAAUCGAUCGACCUCACAACGAUCCGUUGGUGAUUGAGUUAACGAUCAGGGAUCAUGACGUAGCAAGGGUGCUCAUCGAUACUGGAAGCUCAGUGAACGUCAUCUUCAGGGAAAUAUUCAAAAGAAUGGGAAUCAAUCUCUCCGAGGUAGAAGCAAUCCCCAAACCUCUAACUGGAUUUUAA